UGAUGACUGGACUGAUAUUGAGGAGGAUGAGGUUCAUGAUACUACCAACAGAAACAUUCCUGACACAUAUCCUAAUAUAGAUAGCAGCAGAACUCCAACAGACACAAGAUUGCCUCCAUCUCCCCCAUCUCACAAGCACAAGUUGCCGUCUUCAAAGCCAGACAGAAAGGCAAAAGUUCGACUUCUACCCAAGUACCCUUGUCGUACAAGAUGUGGAAUGUCUGUUGCAGUCGACACAGCUUGGCAAAAAAAGGGAUUCGACUCUUUGACCUCACACACGUUCUUUAUGUCGACGGACAAGUCAGCUCGUCAAAAAAAAGUGGUGAAAGCAAUUGUCGGCCAUAGAUUGUGUGGCGUAUGCAGCUGGUGGCGGCGAAACAAGCCUGGGCAGAAAGUUCGCCCUCACAGGUGUGUCAGGAAUCAUACUGGCAGUGCUCGAGCAAUGGAGGCCACUAGUGGUGUGAAAGGGGUGAAGGAAUUGUCAGAACAGGGAACACCAGUGGAGUACCUGGAAGGCGAUGGUGACAACACCCUGAUUUCAAAAUUAAAAUCCGACCUAAAUGUAACAAUGAAAAAACGCUUUGACAAUAAUCAUGUUGUUAAAAAUUUCACCAAGAGUCUGUAUAAACUUAAAUCUGAAAAAGGUAUGAAAAUAAGCAAAGCCACAAUUACUCAUCUAGAAAAAUGUCUGAAGUAUGCCUUUUCUAAGAAUAAAGGAGAUGCAACAGGAAUGGAGGAGAAUUUGAAAGGAAUUGUGCCACACCAGUUCGGUGACCACAGCCUAUGCCAAGCACGCUUUUGUGGCUACAAAAGAAACCCAACAGAAAAAUACAUCCACCGCAGUCUGCCCUACAAGACUUCCCUUCAUGAUGACUCACUACGUGAGAGACUUCAAGAUUUAUUCAAGCCUUACACUACACAUGCGCAUCAGUACAUUGAUCUGGGGUCCAGUCAGCAGUGUGAACACGCUAAUAAAGAGGUCACACUGAGAGCACCCAAAAGCCACCACUAUGGUAACUCGUGUAGUCUCGACUACCGUGUACAUGCCACAGCAGCCUUUGUCAAUGAAGGAAGACACUAUAUCUCCGAGAUUGCUGUUUAUCCAGUUCUUGUUCAAGUUAUUGUUUCGUUUUACAUGCCUGAUGUCCAAGCUUUGAAUGAGGUUACAAAAAGCUGGGUCUCUCUCCGGGAGUGCAUACAGUAACCCACGCAGACAAGUGCUUGAAGAGACGCCAUGCUCAAGGGACGAAGGCUCGCGAACCAUCUAUAAAAAAGAAAGCGACUUGAAAAUAAGAAAGACCGCACAACAAGUCAGGGGG